AAUAAUAUUUCAGCGUUACCAAAAAAUUUUGGUCAACUGAUCAAUUUAACAGAACUAAAUUUAAGUGCUAAUUAUUUGGUGGAGUUGCCUGAUUCAAUUUGUUUGUUGAGAAAUUUAAAGUCAUUGGAUUGUUCGUGUAACAGGCUGCUAUGUUUGCCUUCAAACAUUGGACAUCUAAUUCGUCUGAGUACGUUAGACGUUUCUGUUAAUCAGCUGGCUUGCUUCCCAAAAACUAUAGGAAAUUUGCCAGAGCUGAUAGACCUUAGAGCAUCUGCAAACCAUCUGUCAGAUCUUCCUGAUACGUUUUGUCAGUUAAGCAGAUUAAAUUCAUUAAUUUUAAGAAAAAACAAGUUUGUUAAAGUUCCACGAGGAUUAGGCGAAUUAAUUAAUUUACAACAUCUAAAUAUGAAAAAUAAUGAAUUAUAUGAAUUUGAUGUUUUUAUUCCCUCUUUAAAACAACUGAAUUUGGACGGGAACCAAUUCAAAUGCAUUAGUCCAAUCAUUCUUCAAAUGAAAAAUUUACAGAUACUUUCUUUACAGAACAAUAAAAUUUUCGAUAUUCCAAAAAAUAUUGGCCUUCUACAAAGUUUAAAGUUGCUCCAUCUUUCUUCUAACGAAAUAUCCGUCAUUCCCAACGAAAUUAGAGAUUUAAUUGCUUUAAAACACCUUGGUUUAAAACAAACUUCAAUAACAAAUUUACCAAAAGUAAUUUGUGAUAUGUCUAAUUUAACAUAUAUAUGUUUAGAUGAA